CGUCCUCAACCUUACCUAACUUGCCCACUUCAAUACACCAACAUCCUUCUUUGCAUGAAAGCAAGCCAUUUGUACGAUUUGGAUGAACCAGAAUUCCCCGCGUGCAACCAUGAAGCGAAGCAAUUUCGGUGACGAGAACCUGGGUCCUCAACGCAAACACCAGCGUUCUUCUCAGCCCCAUGUCUCGUCCUCUCUACCGGGUGCUACUCAAUCGUUUCCCAGUACCCAAGCUGCCCGCGAUGCGUGGCAGGAGACCAAUGAGGAGUUUGAAAUUGUGGAUUUGACCCAGGAACCUGAGGAGGGAUUUGGUUGGGUUUGUCUUGGUGCUAUUACUGAUAAGGUGAGCUAUUUUCUCCAUGCGGGAUUGCGCGUUUGCAAGUGCUGAUUAGCUUGUCAUAGAUUGUGGGUAUCAGAUAUUACAAUGGAGUGGCCUCUCCUGGAGAGCAGGUCUUGGUGAAACGGGAACCUGAAAAUCCGUAUGAUUCUAAUGCUAUUCGGGUCAAUAAUAUUCAGGGUACUCAAAUUGGACAUAUUCCUCGGAAUCUUGCUUCGAAACUUGCUACUUAUUUGGUGAGUGAUGGGUUUCAGCGAUUUUGUUCGGAUAGAGAUUAAUUCGUAUCUCAGGACGAGAGAAGUAUUGUUAUUGAAGCUACUCUUGCCGGUGAGAAGGGUGCCUAUGAUUGUCCCAUCUACUUGAAACUUUUCGGUCCUGGAGCCCCAGAAGUCCGUUAUGAGCUCGAGUCCAGAUUGAGACGUGAUCGAGUUCCCUUCCGAACCCAAGGUAUCGCAGCACCAAAGCCCAGAAAGAAGGAUCUGGUUCCUACCACAAGAAACCCUAUGGGUAUCCCAGGUUCUUCACAAAGCUCAAGUAGCCAAGAACCUCCGCCAUCUUCUAUGCCUGGAUUGAAUCAUUUAUUGCAACACAGUGAACAAUUUCGACCAAGGGACGCCGAAAAAAUGGUUGAGAAUUGGGGUGUUGGCGAAAAAUCCAUGGCGGAAAUGCCCAUGGCUGAGCAACCUAAGGGUUUGAAAUCUACUUUACUUCCUUACCAACGACAAGGCUUGAAAUGGAUGUUGGAUAAGGAGGAUCCUCAACUACCAAAACCUGGAUCUAAUGAGAUUGUUCAACUCUGGAAACGUCAUCCUAAGCAGCAAAACCUCUUUCAGAACAUCGCUACGAAUUUCACUGCUAUGGUUGUCCCGUCCUUGGCCAAGGGUGGAAUCCUUGCUGAUGAUAUGGGACUUGGUAAAACGCUUCAAGUAAUUAGUCUUAUUAUGGAGGGUGGUCCAGGAACAACUCUCAUUAUUGCUCCGGUGUCUGUCAUGUCUAAUUGGGCUCAACAAAUGGAACGUCAUAUCAAACCUGAGAACGCAUUGAAGGUCUUGACGUACCACGGCCCAGGACGCAAACGAAUGAAACCUCAAGAUUGGGCACAAUAUGAUGUUGUCAUUACCACAUACGGUAUGCUAGUCUCAGAAGCUUUCCAGAAAGGCAAAGAACUUAAAAGCCUUCCUACGAAGGAAGGCUUAUUCUCCAUCAAAUGGGGUCGAGUUGUACUGGAUGAGGGUCACACGAUCCGUAACCAUGCUACCAAAGCUGCCCUUGCGGCCACGGCUCUAGAUUCAAUCGCCAAAUGGGUCUUGACGGGAACUCCAAUCGUCAACAAUAUCAAAGACCUAUACUCCAUGCUCAAGUACCUCGGAAUCACAGGAGGUCUUGAGAGGUCUGAGGUAUUCAAUGCUGUUCUCACGCGUCCACUCUCUUACGGCGACCCAGGCGCUGAGAAGAUUUUGCAAUCUAUCAUGAUCAACAUGUGUCUAAGACGAAGAAAAGAUAUGAAGUUUGUUGAUUUGAAGCUCCCUGAGCUUAAACAAUACGUCCACCGUAUCACUUUCCGAGAUGAUGAAAGAGAAAAGUACGAUGCAUUGAGGUAAGUAAAUACAUAUCACGACCAUUGCUCGAUACAGCCAAGAGAAUAUAUCAUACCAGAAGUCCUACAAUCAUCAAGUUAACUGUACAACUUUCUGGCAUGAUGUCGACGUCGGUUGCAAAGAGCAAUGACCCUUCCCCUACAUCCAAACCAUCGUCAACCUUCAAGAAAAAGACUAACUCCCUCCCAGAGACGAAGCAAAACUCAUGGCCCUUUCCUACACCAAAUCCAACCAAAAAACCAUCGCCUACCGCCAAGUCCUCGAGGUCCUCCUGCGCCUACGACAAGUAUGCUGCCACUGGAAGCUCUGCGACACCCGAAUCACCGACCUCAUGGCCCUCCUCAAAACCGAGGGAGCCGUAGAACUAACACCCGAAAACCGCGCCGCUCUCCAAGACCUCCUACAAAUCAGCAUAGAAAGCCGCGACGAAUGUUCCAUCUGCCUGGACGAACUCCACAACCCCGUCAUCACAGCCUGCAAACACGUCUUCGGACGGGAAUGCAUCGAGCGCACCAUCGAACUGCAACACAAAUGCCCGAUGUGUCGCGGCGAACUCCUCGACACCAGCUCGCUCGUGAAUCCCGCGGAAGAAAAAGGAAAAGAAGACGAAGAAGAAGACCUCGACACCAACACCCAAAGCUCCAAAACCGAAGCCCUCAUGAAAAUCCUCCAAGCAACCCUCAAAGACCCCCACUCCAAGAUCAUAAUCUUCUCCCAAUGGACCUCCUUCCUCUCCCUCAUCCAAACCCAACUCGACACCGCCUGCUUACCCUACACUCGCAUCGACGGCUCCAUGCCGCCCUCACGCCGCGACACCGCACUACAAGCCCUCGAAUCCGACCCCAACUGUCGCAUCAUGCUCGCCUCUCUCGCGGUAUGCUCCGUCGGCCUCAACCUCGUCGCAGCUGAUACGGUCAUCCUGGCGGAUUCGUGGUGGGCCCCUGCGAUUGAGGAUCAGGCUGUGGACCGGGUGCAUCGGCUUGGACAGACGAGGCCGUGUACGGUGUGGAGACUGGUGAUGGAGGGGAGUGUUGAGGAGAGGGUGUUGGAUGUGCAGGCGGAGAAGAGGAAGUUGGUUAGUACGGCUUUUAGAGAGGAGGGGAUGGGGAGGAGGGAGAAGAAUACGAGGAUGGGGGAUAUUUUGAAGUUGCUUGGUUAG